AUGAGUUUUUUUGGGCAGAACAACGGCAACGCGUCGGCAACGGGGACCACGACGCCAGGCGGCGGAAUAUUUGGCCAACCCGCUAGUGGACAACCUGGUGCGACUGGAGCCUUCAGUGGAGGCUCAGCAUUUGGCGGUGGGGGAGGGUUGUUUGGGGGGAAUAGCGCUACAACGCCAGGCGCACCGAGUAGUGGGAUAUUUGGGAACACGACGAGCACGCCGACCCCAGCUUCUGGCGGGCUGUUCGGAAACAACAACGCCUCGACGACCCCAGCAGCUCCCUCGGGCGGGAUUUUUGGGAAUAACGCUGCGCCAGCUUCCGGUGGCAUAUUCGGGAGCUCGGCGACGCCUGCUCCUACAGGUGGUCUGUUUGGGGGCGGGAACGCUGCGGCAUCGACGACACCCGCCCCUACUGCAGGGGGAGGAUUCUUCGGGGGCACAGGGGGGAGUGCGUUCGGUACUACCACCCCAGCUGCCGGGAUCUUCGGUGGUGGAUCUACAGCUGGGGGUAGCAACUCGAUCUUCGGCGCCGCGGCGAAGCCUCCCACUCCUGCUGCUACCGGGACGACCGCCUCAGGCAGCAAUCCCCUUUUUGGUGGCACGAACACGACAACUGCUACUCCUGCCGCCAAUUCGUUCUUCGGUGGUGCGGCAGCAACGUCCAACAAUACAACUGCCCCUGCCCCUGCCCCCGGCUCGCUGUUUGGAAACCCUGCUAGCACUACAGCAAGCACAACAACGGGAACAGCCGCUCCUAGUGGAGUGUUCGGUGGAGCCACCUCUACUGCCACGGCCGCGUCAACGACUCCUGCAGCGGGUGGCGGACUGUUCGGCCUUCCACCCAAGCCUGCAGACCCCCAAGGUACCACCGCUGCCCCAGCAGCCACCGCUGCUGCUGCUACUGGAACACCCGCCACAACUGGGACUAGCACAACCGCUGCUGGCUCCAGCAGUUUAUUUGGAGGCACUUUGUUCGGAAAGCCCCCUGCCACAACCACGCCCGCUACGACCUCUAAUGCACCUGCAGCGUCCACUACCAUAGGAAGCAGUCUGUUUGGCGCCCCGAAGGCGGACGAAAAGAAGCCGGCCGCCGCUGCGACGACUACGACACCCGCUUUGGGCGCAACGACCGCCGCGGCUGGCGCAUCGACAUUGGGAGCCGCUAUCGCGGUAGCACCCCCGUCCAUGCUGCGCGGGAAGACGAUCGAGGAGAUCGUCAACCGGUGGUCCACGGAGCUCGACACUCACAUCCGCGAGUUCAACAAGUUCGCGAGCGAGGUCGCCGUCUGGGACCGUGCGCUCAUCGAGAACAGCAACAACCUCGCCCGACUCUAUGCCACCGUCCUCGGCGCCGAGCGGGAGCAAACGGACAUCGACGGCGCGCUCGACCACAUCGAGGGCCAGCAGCGCGAGCUCUCUGCGACCCUCGACUCGUACGAAAAGUCGGUGGACGAGAUCCUCGGCGGCCAGGGCAGCAGCCUCCGUGCGCUCGACACCGGCCCCGCGGACACCGAGCGCGACAAGAACUACAUGCUCGCGACGGAGCUCCACGGCCACCUCGACGACCUCUCCGGCUCGCUCCUGCAGAUGAUCGACGCGGUGAACGUGCUCUCGCUCGCGCCGGGCGGGGGCGCGAGCGCGGCGGGGCCCGACGCGGCCGAGGACGCGAUGGGCCAGAUCGCGCAGAUCCUGAGCAGCCACCUCGAGAGCCUGCAGUGGAUCAACGGUGCGGUGCGCGAGCUGGACACGAAGAUCGCGGACGUCGAGCAGCGCGUCCGCGCGUCGACCGACGACGGGUACGGGCUCGCCAAGUCGCGCGGGUACGGCCUGCGCUGA